AAUGGCACACAGCUGCACAGGUUAAACAGAUAAAGCCUGAUUCCCCGUUUUCUGUUGCCUUCAAAAUAAAAUAGCUUAAUAAGAUUAAAUGGAGGCUUUCAUUGGCACUUGGAAGUUGAUCGAAAGUGAAGGCUUUAAUAAUUUCUUGAGAGAAACUGGUGCUGGGGAGGAAGUGAUUGCUGUUUUAAGUGCAAUCAAACCAGUUGUCACAAUUUCCCAAGAGGACGAGAUUGUGAACCUUACAGUACAGAGCAGCACUGGUAUUGAAGAAACGUCCUUCACACUGGGUAAAGAGUUCCAUGUGGAGAAAAAGGAUGGCAGACAUUGCAAAGUUGUUGUAGAUGUCACAGAAGACCAACUCAUACAGGUGGAAAAGUGGGAUAGUAAAGAAGCUAUAUCUGUCAUCGAGGUCAAGGAUGAGAAACUGAUCAAGACAACAACAUUUAAGGACGUCAAAGCAGUGCAAACCUUUCAGCGGGUGUAAAAGUUGGACGACCUUCCCAUCAAUUUUACUAUUACUUGUUUUUCAAUCACCUGCAGACUGGAAUUGUUACUUAAAAAAAGGAAACACCAUUGAUAUCUUUCACUACAUGUCUCCAAAAGUCCAUUGUAAACUGAUGGAAACCACACUCAAUAAAAAAUAAUGUGAAAUAUUUUUGGAUUAUGGUAUUUAUAGGUUGACAAUGUUACAGAGUUACAUUCACACACCAGUACACUGUGAUGGAAUUACGUUAAUUCAUCAUAAAUGAAAAUCUAAAGACUACUGCUGAUGUGUGUAAAUAGUGCCUUUAAAUGAACAGAUCAACAUCACCAUUGAAAUGAUUUACAGUAUAUUUAGAUUUGUUACAUAUUGAAUCACAGUUUAUACAGGAUAAGUAUAAAAGGUGAAUGAAUUUAUUAAUUUACAGAGCUCCAAUAACUACACAAGCAGUUAAAUACAAAUGUAGCGUUAAAUACCCUAAUCAUAAGCCUUAUCCCAAAACCUAACCCCUACUCUAACCCCAAACCUAACCCUAAACUAACCCUAUCCCUACACUAACCCUAACCUCAUACCUAAUCCUACACUAACCCUAACCCCAAACCUAACCCUACUCCAACCCUAACACCAAACCUAACAUUACACUUACCCAACACUAAAGCUAACCAUGCACUAACCCUAAACCCAAACCUAACACUUCACUAACCCUAAC